AUAUAUAUAUAUAUAUAUUUCCCCCAUUGCCUCCAGCUCAGACGUGUAGGCCUGUUGUCUCCACAUGUAAUAAAAAGGACGUCGUCUAUAAAGAGGGAAACGCUCUAAUACAGCAUGUUUUAAAGAAACUAAAUUAAAAACCUUAAAAAUGCACAUUGACUAUUUUAUUCGUGCGUAUAAUGGAUAGUAGGAGGUGUUGAUUUGAGAUUAAGAUUAAAUAGAGUUUAAAAGAAUGGUAACUGUGUGUGUGUAUAGGCCUUGGAGUAAGUGUGUGUGUGUGUGUGUGUGUACGUGUGUGAAUAGAUAGAUAGUAAGUAUGUGGAGACACUAAUACUAAUUCCCAGUGGUUCUCUGAGGAGAUAAUAGCAAGAUUAACAAGUUGUAAUGUAAUCUAUCCUGUAACGAACCAGGUUUUUGCAGCCUUGUCAGUACUUGGCGAUCAUUAAGAAGAAUGUAGCCACGGGGCAUUGUUCAGCUGUGGCGCUUAUUUCACUGAGCCUGCGUGUCACCUUUUCUCUCUCUCUCUCUUUUAAAAUAAACGCUCAACAGAGCCUUUGCAGUAAAAGGUGACUGGACGCAGUCGUGGCAUUAGCACCUACAAUAUUCACACCACAACAAUAUAAGCUGGAAGGGAAUCUAAAGGAAGUGACUUUGUAACUGGUCUGACCAGCAAUGUGGCAAGAUGAAACACUAUGUACACAGCCAGGCUACUGGACAGUCCAUGUGGAUUUUUCUGAAAUAGCCUAAUAAUAAUCAUCAGAGCAGCACAAGAGGGGUUGAGAGUCCCUCGACCCUUUGGAUCUUUUGAUGCACCCGAGCUUCUCAGAGGCACCUCCAGAACCCUUCAUUUUUUACAGUGCUGUAAAACUGGCCAUAAAGCUAUGCAUUGUACAUAAUUGUUAGGGACAGCUUUCAGCAACUGAGUUGUCAAAUAGGGGUUGAUGUUGAAUUUACAUAGGCUGGCUCCGGGGCUCAUAGGUGCUGAUCGAGGCUCACAGUCCCAGAUUCAGAGGAGAUUUAAAGAUUUUACCUUAAACCCCUCUGAUGCACCACUUUCCCCCCACAGUUUUCUCUUUACUUAGCCUAAAACAAAAUAUAUGACACAGUGGAGCUGCCUGCUCGGACUGGGAGGAGUCUGUAGUCGCCUGGUGUUUUAAUUGGCUGCAGGCUACAGUGAGAAGCGUGAGUAUCAGUAAUUAUUCAGCAAUGUUUUGCACAAGAAAUGUCAGCCAGAAAGGGCUAUCUUCAUCCUCCGUCAAAUUAUACCACAACGAUGACAUGCCCCAACAACCAAGCUGGAAAUUCGUUUUUCGUGGACUCUUUAAUCAACGUGAGAACCGACAGUGGUUCGUAUUACCAGAGUAACGGCGUGUAUUUGCCACCGGCGUCGGAAUAUUCAUAUGGACUCUCCGGUGGCUCUUGUUUUCCGGGGAUCGGUAAGCGCAACGAGCCAAGCACCCAAAGCGUGAUCCCUUCUUCUGCUCCGUAUGUUCAAGGAAUGGAAACGUGGCUGGAAACGUCGAGAUCCUGCCGGGUGGAUCAGCCCAGCGGCCAGCACAUGGCUCAGUGUUCCUUCUCGCCGAGUAUAAAAGAGGAGAGCGCAUAUUGCCUUUAUGAGUCUGACAAAUGUCCUAAAGGAGCGACAGUAGAUGACAUUUCCUACUCCACCGCAUCGUGCCCGGUUACCGGCAGCACCGUACCGGUCCCCGGCUACUUCCGCCUGUCUCAGACGUACACGUCCUCCAGGCUUUACCAUGAUGUCCAGCCAAACAUGAAUCACUUUACUCUGCAGCGACCUGCCCGUUUGGACAGCCAGCCCUCCCAGCCGCCGACUGCCUCCGCGGAGCCCGAGCGGACUGAGAGCCACGAGGAGGCGCCCAUCCCUGCGCCCUGCGCCCCGGCCAGAGAGGAGGACAGCCGCCUCUCCUCGGAAAGCUCAUCCUCCCCCGAGCCCGCUGAGACGUGCGGUGCGGAGUGUCCAGAAAAGCCCGUCAAAGGAGAUGGGAAAAUGGAGAGUACGGCUAAUUGGCUCACAGCAAAGAGUGGCCGAAAGAAGCGCUGCCCCUACACCAAGCACCAGACUCUGGAGCUGGAGAAGGAGUUUCUCUUCAACAUGUACUUGACUAGGGAGCGUCGUCUGGAGAUCAGCCGCAGUGUGCACCUCACUGACAGGCAAGUCAAAAUCUGGUUCCAAAACAGGAGGAUGAAACUGAAAAAAAUGAGCCGGGAGAAUAGGAUCCGAGAGCUCUCCAGCAACUUCAGUUUCUCAUGAGACUGUCUGCGUCUUUGGCGCCCUCCUCCAUCCAUGGCAAGGGCGCCUGUGCAGAGCCCCCCACCCCACCCCACCCCCCACCCUCCAACACCCCCUACACCCAACUGUGAGAAUGUCCAUGGAAAAUAGGACCCUACUGCUAACUUAUUGAUUGUUGUUCUUUCGAAAAUGUUAUUUUCACGUCUGUUUAAUUUGUCGUGGAUAUGUAUUUAUAAAUGGCUACAUUUGUAACGUUGAUCCAUUGUGUUUAAAAAUGUUCAGAAUGUGACCACAAUGUUUCAGAGCUUCAGGCUUGUACAUAUUGUGUAUUCAACCUGAGUGAACCAUUGGAAUUUGCAUGCUGGACUAACCCUUGGGAUACUUGUGUUCCAGUUACACGUAGGCCUUUAUGUGACAGCUAAAGAGCCCAAGAGGUUUCAUGAAUAUUUGCACAUUUUUUGCUGGUCAAAUUAAUAAAACGAUCCCUGCAACUGCA